UUCAUCAGGAGCGGUGCACUGUCCAGCGAUGGCUUCUAACUGUUUCAGCUACAUCCCCUCAGUGGAGGAAUAUUUCGCCGCCUACUCAACUGCGCUCAUAGUGCUACUCGCAGUUUUGGCGGUAUUUCUUGUCUUGGUGACGGUACUCUACGUGCAAAUAGUGAAACACCUUGUUCGGCGGUACGAGCCGCGCUGCCAAAAGGCGCUUAUCUUCUCCAAUGGAAUCUACCUGGUGAUAGUGGUGCUAUGCAUUGUGGCGGUGGCGUCGGAAAAAAUGGAACUCGUAUCGGUGAUACUGUUCUCCUGGAGCGUGCUGGCGUUGUACAUGUAUAUCGUUAUGGUAGCAGGUGGACAUGAUAAUGUGGGCAACUAUUACGAAUCUAACAACUCUAGUCUUGGUCAAGGAGGAAGAAUCAGACGCAUACUCUUUAGAUUGUUCGGAAAGUACAAAAGGGUACGAAUCUACAUAAUACAGUUUCCCAUUGUUACAACGAUAUUGAACAUCAUACAAAUCGUGUAUUAUUUUACAGAUGUUGACCGCUACUAUCGCACAGUUUACGCCUUCCUACCGUUUUCACUCACCUCCAUCCUUUUAUAUUUAAUAUCAUUCACUUUACUUGUCAACUUUCUUGGACCAUCCUUUCCGGAUCAACAGAUCAAGAAAAAGUUUCAAUUUCUGCGACUAGCUGUCCUGGUGAUAAAAAUCCAAACAACGAUCCUGGAAGCCAUUUUCCGCCAGCUGCACUUUGAGUGUGACACCUUCGCCGGAGAAGCCUGGUCUCUGUACAAUCUCAUCAAACAGCCCCUGAUAGUGGUGCAAAUCUCACUACUUGCGUUGGCCACUUGGAACAUCUACCGGAAGGAGGCGAAGGAUAGUGAUGGCGUCUAAGGCUUCAUGAGCGAUUUUACUGCAAGGACUCUCUGAUGACUCACUAGUGUAUAACUUUAAAAUAGGAUUUAAUAGACAAUUUUUAUUCCCUGAUCACGAA